AUGACUUCAAACAUAGCAGAGUGUAUUAAUAAUCGCCACCUUGUAGCAGCAAGAGAGCUUCCUAUAUUUGAUUUUCUAGAAGAAGUGAGGAAGAUGUUUGGAAGAUGGAUUAUAAUAACCGGAAAAAUGGCCGAACCAUCAACCGAAUACUUGGACACGGUAUAUGAUGCAGGAAGGCGUUUCAUCGUUAACUUGGACAACAAAACGUGCAGUUGUCGGAUGUUUCAAAUAGACGAAAUUCCAUGCCCACAUGCAUGGGCUGUCAUUAAGAAGAAAAAUCUAAUGGCUGAUGAUUACUGUUCCGAAUUGUUCAAACCGCACACCGUGGUGAAGACGUAUGAUGUCGCCGUGGAUCCUCUCCCUGACGAGAGGGAAUGGAAGAUUCCAACAUACAUAUCAGAGGAUGUUGUUUUGCCACCAAGAUACAAGAGACCUCCUAGUAGGCCGAAGAAAAAGCGUGAUAAGCCGUUAUUUGAAUUGCUACUUGGAAAAAAGAGACAUGCUUGCAGUACUUGUGGACAGACUGGACACAAUAGACGAUCUUGUAGUAAUGCUCCUAGAAGGAAAUAA